GUAAACAGCAGCAGCUACAGGAUGGCUAAGAAAUCUCUUGCUAGACUGCUCUAUCAGAUGUAGCAGAGCUGAAUUCUCUGAGGAGGCACAGUGAGUGUCAUGUGGAGAAAUGGAGGGUUUCUGAAUCCUGCUGUUUGGGUCACCCCAGAAAGCGAAGAUGAAUGCUUCAGUGGAAGAAGAGGAUGGCUGUGCGCUCUGAAAUGUCUGGCAUGGAUCUGUAUGAGGAUUACAAAUCACCCUUCGAUUUCAAUGCUGGAGUGAACAGAAAUUAUCUUUACUUGUCGCCUGGCAUAAACCUUUCUCCACCUGGAUCACCUACACUGGCAAAGUCUGGGUUGCUGAGGAGUGACUCUAUACCUGAGGUGGGAGAGGAUGUUGCUGCUACAGUCAGUAUGGCAGAAACACUCUCAGAAGAAGAACGGGAUGAGCUAAGAAAAGAGCUUGCCAAGGUGGAAGAGGAAAUCCAGACACUCUCACAAGUGCUAGCUGCCAAAGAGAAGCAUCUAGCAGAAAUCAAGAGAAAGCUGGGAAUUAACUCACUACAGGAAUUAAAGCAGAACAUUACCAAAAGCUGGCAAGAUGUUACAUCAACCACAGCAUACAAGAGAACAUCAGAAACCCUGUCUCAGGCUGGUCAGAAGGCUUCUGCUGCUUUUUCUUCUGUUGGUUCCGUCAUAACCAAGAAAUUUGAAGAUGUCAGAAAUUCUCCUACUUUCAAAUCCUUUGAGGAAAAAGUUGAAAACUUCAAGUCUAAAGUUGGAGGAAGCAAACCUGCUGGGGGAGACUUUGGAGAAGUUCUCAACUCUGCUGCCAAUGCCAGUGCCACAGAAACUAUUGCAGAACAGACAGAGGAAGAGACCCACUGAGACUUCUGUCUCUGUCCUGCUACCCACUGCCAGAUGCUGCAAGGAAAAACCAAGCACACUUUUAAUAUUCUCUGCGCUCUUUCCACUGGAUGUGCUUUUAUUUAGCACGUAGUUAUUUUACCCGAUUAACUGAUACCAAGCUUGUUUGUGGGUUCAAACUAUUUUUGAAACUAUAAUACAUUGUUUGGGGUUUUGUGUGGGAAGGGGAAUUUCUAUGCCUUUCAAGCAUAUAAAGGACUUACCUGUAAUUUGAAGACAACCUUUAAAAUAUAGCAAUGAAAAAAACUCUUUUGAGAAGUUAAUUCUAUUGUACAGAUACUGUGGAUACAUAAUUUCUUUUCAAUCUGUAGCUACUGCUCAAAUUAACCCUUAUAAAUCUGCUGCUGCUGCCAAACUGAAGCUUGUUACUUUGCUCCCUUGUGAUCGAUUCAGUUGAGUGUUGCCUGCAAGGGACACUGGACUAGGAGACCGGACAAGGAGGGAGGGAUCACUCCCAGCUAAAGAAAGGACUUCAGUUUCAGCAGGCUUUACACAGGUUAUAGCAGGAUCACACAUAGGUAGGAAUGUACUGUCUUUUGAGCGUGUUCCUCAUACAGCAGGUAUGGAUAAGUAACACAGAACAUGUAAAACUUACCCAUCUGUCUGUGCAUUGUCCACCUCAGAAAAUUCUGACCAAUGCAGAUGGAAGCAAGAUGCCUCAUAGUGCUGGUUUGGUUCAGUCACCGUAACAUUUUCAGUCUUGUUUUUUGUACAGGAUGUCACUGUGGUAGGAUUACACUCUCCUGAACAUUUGACCAGUCACAAAUAGAUUCAUCUUCAUUCACAUGUGGUGGUGUCACAGUCACACUAACAAAGCACGGAAUGGAAGAAAAAGCCUGACUCCAGAAGUGGUUCAUUUUUAGUCAUCAAGAGAAUUGCUCCUGUAUUCUAAUGUUGUUUCCCUUGUAGGCUGGACCCUGAAAACAUCUGCUACACCAUCUUACUCUUUUUUUAUGUAUUUAAGGCCUGUACCUCAAGAAUACAUCUGUUCCUGUUCCCAGAAGUCUGUUUUGAGAGGUGCCAUCGUUCAGCAUAGGUCUCCUAAAAGAUGUGCCCUCCUACAUCUUGUUUUGUCUGCUGUAUUCCUCAAAUUUCUUGUUUCAUGUGUUUCUGCCACGUGGUUAGGACAUUUUAUCACCGUGCUUAGAACUGGAAACAAGUUUUUGCUACACUUGUGUGAAAUCCAUGAAACUUCAACUGCUACAGGUGUCUGGAGGAAACAAGUUGGCUCCUGACAACCUUGCUAUCAUGUCAAAUGUAGAAUGUAUACUUAACUACAUGUGAGAAGCUUAAUAAAAGUGUAUGUGAAGAAUGUAUUGUUCUGUGAACAUGAAGGAUAAUGUAAACGAGUAAGGAAAUUUUAUUU